CCUCACAUAACGGAAGCACACAUAAAAAACGGCCAGCUCUGACUCGAGAGUCCAUACAGCGAAUCCCCGGAAAAGUUGACGCGGUGCCGGUGACGCUACUAUCCGCCGGAAUAUUCUGCUUAUCUGAGUUUCUGUUGUGGGAUAUGCCUUAUCUCGUUCGUGAACAUCUGUUUAUUGGCAACAUAUGUGAUGCGGCGGAGAUUCUUCAGAAUGGCAGUGAAGAAAUUACACAUAUAUUAUCAGUUCUUAGUUCAGCUUCAAUAUCAUUUUUCUCUGAAUGGCGUAGUGGGCUUGUGAUCCCUACCAAGGAGAUUGAUAAGGUCUAUUUUGGAGGAAAUGGGUCAGAGGGAAAUACUGCUGAUGAGUCAAAUACUUCCUUAUCACCUAAGAAGCUUCUAUACUCACUGGAGUACGCUGGGAAGGAUCUUAAGUUUGUGAGGAUGGCAGUACCCUUGAGAGAUAUGGAGAAUGAGAAUUUGCUGGAUUCUUUGGAUGUGUGCUUGGAUUUCAUUGAAGAAAGUAGAAAAAAAGGGUCUGUAUUGGUGCAUUGCUUUGCUGGUGUGUCAAGAAGUGCAUCCAUUGUUGCAGCGUACUUGAUGAGAUCUGAACAGUUUUCAUAUGAAGACGCAAUUCAAUCUUUAUGUCAAAGCUGCGAAUCUGUCUCCCCAAACGACGGUUUUGUAGAUCAGUUGAAAAUGUUUGAAGAAAUGGGCUUCAAGGUUAAUCGUGCCAGCCCCACAUACAAACGGUUUCACUUAAAGCUACUAGGUGAGUGCUAUAAUCGUGGAGAGACAAUAGAGGCGUCUAAGUUUGCAGCAGAUCCUGCUUUGCUAACAAAAAAACUCUCCUUGGUUACUGAUGAGCCCUUGAGUAGGGAAGCCUGUCCUACUCAAGCAUACCGCUGCAAGAAAUGCCGGAGAGUAGUUGCGGUGCAAGAUAAUGUUAUUGAUCAUGUUCCUGGAGAGGGUGAAACAGCCUUUGGAUGGUCUAAAAGGAGAAGUGGCCGUCCUUUUGAGAAAGCAGAUGAUGAUGAGUGUUCAUCCAUCUUUAUUGAGCCUCUGCAGUGGAUGAAGUCAGUCGGAGAGGGUGCUCUGGAAGGCAAGCUUUGCUGCAUCCACUGUGAAGCUCGCCUAGGUUACUUCAAUUGGUCAGGCAUCCAGUGCAGUUGUGGAAGCUGGAUCACCCCUGCCUUUCAGCUCCACAAAAGCCGAGUGGAUGUCAGCACUUUGUGAGAUUUUACCGAGGGGAGAUAGGUCUCAACCCCAUUGCAGGGGUGUACCAUAUGCUUGCAGCAUUACAAAUAAUCCCUCAACCCAACAGCAGUAUGAACGAAAACAACUAGAGAGCUUUUGUCCAUUAAGGAAGGUGAUGUUAGUGAACCCAAUCACCCUCAUAUGCUUGCCUCCUAUACAUGCAUUGUAAACUUCUUCCAUUACUGAAACUUGCUUCUAUCUUCUCAAAACAUUAAGAUGUAAACUCUACAAUCAUGUACAUCGAUUGUACACCAACUCAGAUAAGUCAAUCUUACUAAAGUUCUUCACUUUUGCUCUGAUUA